AUGGCGUCUGAACUAAAACUGCUAAAGUCUAACAGGGAGGAGCUUGUGGGAAAGAUUCGGUUAGUCACACAUUUCCUAGACAGGCUGCUUCAGCACGAUGAGAUAGUUCAGGAGGAGUACGACAAUGUUGUGGCGGAGAAGACUCCACAGGACAAGGCCAGGGCUCUCCUGGAUGUAGUGGCGGCAAAGGGCCGGGGGGCUUUCUGCCAUUUUCGAGAGCACUUGAAGAAGGUCAACCCAGAACUGGAGGAGGUGUUAAAUAGGUGUGCAAAACACAACCUGCCAUUCAAGCUGUACUGUGAGGACUGUGGGACGUUGUUGUGCCGUGCUUGUCGCUCAAAAGAACACAAAGACCACAGAUGCACGUCUCUGGUGGCAGAAGGAGACGCCAUCCGCCGCCAGUUCACGGCCUUCAAGAGAGAGAACCGGAAGAUUCUCAUUGAGCGCAACAAAAUGUUGGAUGGUUACGAUGUCGAAAUCAUGCGAAGGGAGGCAGACGACAGAGCAGAGGUUCUCAAGGAGGGACUUUGUGCAAAGGUAGAUGAAGAACGCCGCUGGUUUUUCAAGCAACUCGGUGACGGCCCACUAAGCCCUGCACGAAGCGCCUCGAGUAUUGCCGACUCUGGAAGCGUGGCGGGAUCAGAGGCGAAUGACAUCUCAGAUGCUGGAGACCAAACAACCAAACCUCUCUCAUUUUCCUCAACUCAAAACCAAGAUGCAGAGUUGCAUGGAGAUGAUGAUGAUAAGACGUGUGUAACUGAAGACCAGGCGACUCUGUGUGAUGAAUUGGAGACCGUUCAUCUUGACGCAGAUGACAGCUCGGACAUGCUGGAAGACGUUUCCUUGCCAUAUGAGGGCAACACACGGAACGGAGCGACUGGCAUACAAACCCCGAGACAGUCUCCAACAGUUGAUUUCCUCCACUCAUUCGGAGUGUCUGGACGCAAAGAAGGCCAAUUCAGGUCCCCGGAUGGUAUGACGAUCUGCCCCAAAGGAAGAAUCAUUGUAGCUGACAAAUGGAAUCAUCGGGUUCAGCUGUUCGACAUAAACGGAACAUGGGAGAGUGAGAUAUCAACAAGAAAAUGGGGUUCCGCCCGCCCAAGCUCUGUUGUGUUUUGCUCUUUGAGUCCGCCUGGAGACGUACUUGUCACGUGCACUGGUAUAGGAAAAAUGCUUCAGCUAUCUUUAAGCUCAAAGGUUUUCUCAAAACUGUCUCUCGCGGGAUGCAGGGGUGUAGCUGCUUUGGACGGAGGCCGCACAUUGUUUAUCUCUGAACAAGAGAAUAACACAGUUCACAUACUCACGAGAGCAAAGAAUCCAGCAGAUGAAAAAGUCGCGUACAAUACGACCAACAAACUGAAAGGUCCUUUCUACAAGCCGCAGAACGUCAACACCGACGGCCUUUCCAAUAUCUAUGUCUCUGACAUUGGCGACCGCACAGUAAAAGUUCUGGACAAAGAAGGGUACAUGAAAGGCACCAUCGGUAAGGACAUUCUCCGGUAUCCUACAGGGGUAUGUGUUGACAAAGAGGGCAAUAUCAUCGUAUCAGACAUGGUGAAAAACACGUUGGAGAUCUUUGCAAGUGACGGGCAUCAUUUGAACACCCUCAUCCCCGAGCAAGGCGGUCUGAAGGCACCACAGGAGAUUGCUCUCACACCAGACGGGACGAAGUUGGUCGUCGUGGACCGCGGAAACGAUCGCGUUCGGGUCUACAGGUACAACCAAGGUGGAGAAGACCACGUUCUUACAAACAAGGACAUACGGGACUGACAAACAGCACAGCAACACCCUGAAUUCAGACACUACCAGCGCUCUAGAUGGAUACCAUGUAGCAAAUAGGACGGUAGAGUGCAGGGUAUACAAUCUUGAAGAUCUAUUCAACGUAGUAAAUACAAUCUCGACUAUCAAUGUAGUACUAGAAUAUAAAAUAGGACUAGAGUGCUUAGUAAAACAAAAGGCAUAUAGGUAAUACAAAAUAAUGUAACAUAAAUAGUGAAGCACGUAGGCAGGUAGGCAUAGAGAAGCAGUUCCGAGUACACUCGUCGAUUCUUACACGUUACACAGAGCAAGAGAGAUUUUUUUAGUAUACACUGCAAGUAUACAGAGGGUACUAACAGGAUUCUUCAUAGUACGUAUAAUGUAGAAUCUAGAUUUAUAUUAUAGCACAUGUGUGCAUAUGUUCAUUCAACGAUAAUGUAGGGAUGUAUAUAAC